AUGGAAAACCUGCAGUCUGAUUUAUCUUCCGUACUUUCUGAUGAAGUUUCCGACGAUUCUAAACUCUCAUUGUUCAAGGAAGGAGAACAUGAUGCAUUCGAAAAUUAUUCCCGUUGGAUGGAAGCCGGCAGUAACGUGAAAACACCAGAAGAUAAGAGGCUUCGGCGACAAUUACCUAAAACACCCGAUGAAAUUAGCCAAAAAUAUUCAUCUGCUGAAAUUUGUAAGACGCCUCAAAACGAUACAUUUGCUCAGUUACAUAUGCAAUCCAUCAAAGGAUCCGAACUCGAUGAAACGGACUACACUAAAUGUUCCUCACAUCAAAACGUGGAGUCUCUGCAAACAAAGAUAAGUUUUACAAACAAUGAAGCAUUCAGUAUAGAGAAUGAAUGGAAGGAGCAUGAUUAUAUGAUUCCUGAAUUUCGUCUAACUAACAACCCGGAAGGAUCAUCACCAUCUUCAUCAGAAUAUCAAACUGCAUCAAUCAGCAGCCCCAUUGCCAAAAUGAUCAGCGGAAGGUUCUCAGAAAAAUACUGGAGAGUUAAAGAUCACAAUGAAAGUGGAGCUGUUGGUGCUAUUGAUAAUUAUCAUAACCGGUAUUUUGGAAAAUCUGGGUAUUAUAUAACAAGAAACGCAAUCGAAAAUUGUGCAAACGAAAAAGAUGCAAUGCCGGUUGUUGAAAAGCGAGCAUUGCAAGUAGAGAAAACACGUUGGACUUCCAUUAAUGAAAGAGGUGGAAACUACGAUAACAUAGAUCUGGUGGUCCCAGAUACCAAUGGAAAGCACACAAAUCAUUGGAAUGCGGUAACAAAAAUCAAAGUAUCUAUCGAAUGUUCUAGUAUCUUUCAGGAGUACGAAGAGACAUUGCCACUUCACACAAGUGUCGUUUGGAAAGCUUCUCGCCGAUACACUCCACGAUACACCAGCUUGUUUUGA